AUGCAUACCAAAGGAAUGACCCGCGAGCAGGCGAUUGACUUUAUGGUUGCCCACGAACGCAUUACCCGUGAUGAAGCCACUGCUGAGAUUGAACGGUAUAUGGCCAUCCCGGCACAGGCGCUCAGUUACAAGAUCGGGCAGCUGACCAUCCGCUCUGAACGUACAAAAUAUGAGCAGUUGCUGGGUGAUAAAUUCAGGAUUGCAACCUUUCAUGACGAGGUAUUGAAGCAUGGUUGCGUACCAUUGAAUAUCUUGGCCGAAAAUCUGGCAUUAUGGGCGAAGAAACAACCCUAG